AUGGGCGCUUUAUGCUGCAAACAACGAGAAGAAAUAGACGAGUUACAAGGGCCUGAACUCAAUCAUUUCCAUUUACGUCAGAUUAUUGGAGCAGGUGUCUUUGGCAGAGUACGAAUCGUUCAACAUAAACGCAGUAGAAAGAAAUACGCAUUAAAGUACAUAAACAAAUCACUUUGUAUCAGACAAAAAGCUAUAGCCAACAUAAUUUCAGAACGAAAUCUGCUACAAAGUAUCAACCAUCCUUACAUAGCAAAUCUAAGAUUUGCUUUUCAAGACGAUGAAUCAUUAUUUAUGGCACUUGACCUUAUGCCCGGUGGAGAUUUACGACGGCUUAUACAGCUAAACGAGCAACAACAACAACAACAGUUACAACCAAGCAUUUUUACAUUCAACGAGCUACAGGUACGACAUUAUGUCGCUACGAUCGCUAUCGCAUUAAACUACCUGCAUAGAAACCGAGUCAUCCAUCGCGACAUCAAGCCCGAAAAUAUCUUAUUGGACGAUAAGGGUUACGCUCACCUCAGCGAUUUCAAUAUCGCUGUUCGAUACAAUGUUAAUCAGCCUUUGUUGUGGUCUAUGGCAGGAACCAUAGCCUACAUGGCUCCGGAAAUGGUAGCAAGAAAAGGAUAUUCUACUUCAGUCGAUUGGUGGAGCCUUGGUGUGGUCGCUUUUGAACUUUUAUUUGGCAAACGACCUUUUACAGCACCAUCAAAAGAAGCUUUAGCGCAAUCCAUCCUACAUGAUCCAAUUGAUUUUCCUGAAAACGUACAUCAAAUUGUGUCAAGAGAUUGUCUUGACGUUUUAGUUGGUUUGCUGGACAAAUCAUCUUUCCCAAGAUUGGGCGCCAAUAUUCAUGGAUUUGAAGAAUUUAAAAGACAUCCUUGGUUUGAUGGCUUGGAUUGGGAACUGUUGGAACAGAAACGCUUACCACCACCUGUUCGAUUAGAUAAAAACGCCAAACUACGAAAAGCGAUAACAGAGCAACAACAACAGUUGUUUCACGAAGAUGGUCUGAAAUCUAAUAAGCGAGUAUCACCUUCAAUGACGUUGUUACAUUUUGAUGAUUCAGAAACAGUACCUGUUACCGAAGAAGCUAGACUUCAUUUGCAAUUAGAAGAACAGUUUCUCAGUUACGACUUCCAACGACCAGAUAACCAGUAUCUCUUACCCGGAAAAAUAUCCCCUAUUUAUUCAACUAACGAUCAGCAGCAGCCAGAAACAACCAUUACUUCUAACGUUGCUAUGAUGGAACAGCGUGAAAGUCAUUUCUUAGCUAAUUUUCUAGAGCAAAGACGAAAUUCACUCAAACGACAAUACGAUAAAUUCAAACGAAGAUCACAAUCGAGUUAUCAAGAUCUGCCUAAUUCCACACUACCAUCAUCAACCACUGUUGACUAA